AUGUCCGAUCUCAGCAAGGUCACUCCGCCCAAAGAGUUGACCGAGGCAGAGCGUCUUGCGAUCUUCCAGCAUGUCUUCCGUCGACUCGCUGCUCAUCGCAAUACCGCAGAACUUUAUGCGAUCGCAGAAUACACCUUUUCCUCGAAACCUCAAGAGCAGAAAGACCAAAUCAGGGACUCGUUUAUAGAUGUCAUAGAUCGAUGGGGUCAAGACCUGCUACAACAUGUAUGGCACGCUUGCCAGGAGCCCGGUGGAGGCAAGUCCCUUUCGCCAUAUUCUGACACCUCCAUCGUCGGUCUACCACCCUUACCUGACGAGGCCUCCGUCAGAAAGGUCUUGUCCACAGUGCUUCUCCUCCACAUCACCGGCCACAAACACUACUCAGCAAGGACACGCGCUUUCCUGUUCUCGCUCACCGAGCCUGACGAGACCGCGGUAGCGGGCACCUUGAAGAACCCAAGCCGUGCGCUUGAGGAAGCGGAACGGAAGACGAGGAGUGCGAAGGAGGAAGCCUCCGAGCAGUCCAAGACACUACGCAGAGUCGGCAUCGGCCUGGGCGCGGUAGCUGGCGGCGUCCUGAUAGGUGUUACGGGUGGUCUGGCCGCUCCUCUGGUCGGCGCAGGCGUGUCGACUGUCCUCGGAUGGCUUGGUGUAGGUGGAACCGCUGCAGGCCUCCUCGCGACUGGUCUGGCGAGUUCCUCAGUCGUCUGCGGCGCGCUCUUUGGGUACUAUGGGUCACGAAAGAUGGCAGAUACCGUGGGCCGAUACUUGCGAGAGGUUAACGACCUUGCCAUCGUGCCAGUGCGCCAGCCUCGCGACACGUUGGGCGUGCGGCUCUGCAUCAGUGGUUGGCUAGACUCGCCGUCAGACGUCGUAGCUCCCUGGACAGUUUUUGACGGCGACGAUACGUUCGCGUUGCAGUGGGAAGUACAGGCUCUCGAGGAGCUAUCCAGUGCCUUGACAGCCCUCAUCAAGUCGCAAGCAAUGAAGUACGUGAAAGCAGAGAUCAUCAGGCGGACCGUCUUCGCCAGCCUGUUCUCUGCGCUGUCGCCCACCGUAUGGUUGAACCUCACGCGCAUCGUUGACAACCCCUGGAUGACCGCUAAGAGCCUCGCCAGCAAGGCAGGCAAGGUGCUCGGCAAGCUCCUCGCCCAACGAGUCCUCGGUAACCGGCCCAUCACACUCGUAGGCUACUCCCUCGGGUCCCUCGUCAUAUUCGAGGCACUCCAGUACCUCUCCUCGUUGCCACCAUCCGAGACCUGCCAUCUCGUCCAAGACGUCUACCUCUUCGGUGCACCCAUAUCCACCGACGAGGCGCAAUGGACAGCCGCGCGCCGCGUCGUAGCAGGCCGCCUAGUGAACGGUUACGGCGCGAACGACUACAUCCUCGCCGUGCUGACGAGGCUGUCCGACAUCACCUGGAACGUGGCUGGUAUGGGCCCAGUCCCUGUCCAGGGUGUCGAGAACGUCGCAUGUGAUGAAGUCGACGGGCAUCUAAAGUGGAGGAGCAUGGUCGGCCAGUGCUUGAGCAAGUCUAAGGCACCAGGGAUCGUCGACCAGGAAGUUGAAAAACAGCUCGAGCUUGAUACGGGAGUCGAGAUGGAUAUGGACGAGCGUGAGGCAGAGCGCAUUGUCGACGAAGGUCUGGGGCAUGCACCAGAUGCAGACAAGUCGUAA